AAGGGGGGCUCUGGCCUCAACUGGGCCCGGAUAGACCCGCUCUGCCACUCGUGCUCUUGCUUUCCUCACUGUUUCCACAACUCCAGCUGGGCUGACCGCCCCACAGGGGGUCCCACAGCAAGGACCCCAAGGGAGGAGGAGGCGACUCGCUUAGACGCCUGCUCUGGUUGGUUCCUCCUCACACCCUUCCCCACAGAUCUGAUCAAAGGUACCAUCAAGCAUGGCCUGACUGUGAAGGACCUCAUCACGGCGGGCAUCAACUACCUGGACACCCGCAGUGACUUCUGGAGGCAGCAGAAGCCCAUCUAUGCCAGGGAGCGCGACCGGAAUCUGAUGCAAGAGAAAUGGCUGCGGGAGCGCAAACGCCGCCCCUCGCAGACAGCCCGUUACAUCCUCAAGAGCCUGGAGGACAUUGACAUGUUGCUGACCAGUGGCAGUGCUGAAGGGAGCCUUCAGAAAGCGGAGAAAGUGCUGAAGAAGGUGCUGGAAUGGAACAAAGAAGAUGUGCCCAACAAGGAUGAGUUGGUUGGAAACUUGUACAGCUGCAUGGGGAAUGCCCAGAUUGAGCUGGGGCAGAUGGUAGCAGCCCUGCAGAGCCACAGGAAGGACCUGGAGAUCGCCAAGGAACAUGACCUUCCUGAUGCCAAGUCAAGAGCCCUUGACAACAUUGGCAGGGUUUUUGCCAGAGUUGGGAAAUUCCAGCAAGCCAUUGACACGUGGGAGGAGAAGAUCCCUUUGGCGAAAACCACCCUGGAGAAGACCUGGUUAUUCCAUGAGAUCGGCCGCUGCUACUUGGAGCUGGACCAGGCCUGGCAGGCCCAGAGUUACGGCGAGAAGUCCCAGCAGUGCGCCGAGGAAGAAGGGGACAUCGAGUGGCAGCUGAACGCCAGUGUUCUGGUGGCACAGGCACAAGUGAAGCUGAGAGACUUCGAGUCGGCUGUGAACAACUUUGAGAAAGCUCUGGAGAAAGCGAAGCUCGUCCACAACAACGAGGCGCAGCAGGCUAUCAUCAGCGCUUUGGACGAUGCCAACAAGGGCAUCAUUGAUGAGCUGAAGAAAACAAACUACAGGGACUUGCUCAAAGAAAAGAAAGAGAAAGAAGAGGCUGCUGAAUUGGAUAAUACAUCUGCGAUGACAAGGGAGAAGGAAACAGUGAGGAGAGAGAGAGGCAGACCUGAGAAGAUGAUAAAGCAGUGGGAGAGAAGGCAAACUGACAAUGAGAAAGAUACAGAGGAUGAUCUGUCUAACGAAGCUUUCACAACCACAGGGAGUGAAGAAGAAGAAAAGAGGCAGAGAAAAAAAGGCAGCUCUUUAAGAGAGCUGGAAGCCACGGGGAGAGAUUCAGGAGACAUUGCCAAGAGACUGUCCAGAGAACUAGCCAUAAAAAGAUUGGGAGAAGCAGGCAGGAAACUAUCAGAAGUGAGCAGAAGGGAAUCCAGGGAAAUUUACAGGAAACCGUCCGAUCUGGACCAAAAAUUCUCAGAGGAUUUAAUCGGAAGGCAAUCGAAAGAACUAAGGGAGAGGCUUUCAGAAGCCAGCAGAAGAGAGUCGGAAGAACUGGAGGAAAUAGAAUCAGGAGAAAUAGGAGAAAUGAAAACAGAAAAUGCUGGAAAAAUGGAAAAAGGUGAAAAGGAAGAUGAAUGAAGCCAUCGUUAGUAGGCAUUAGGAUUAGGAGGCUGGUGUUUGCAGGGCCCAUGGGGAUCUUACUAAACUAGACUUUCAAGUUGAGGGAAAAAUGUGGACUGGGCUCCCAUAGGUGGUCACCUUUGCCUCCUUCUGUUACUGUUUUCCCUUUAAAUAUACAUCGUUCACUCUUACAAACCCUGGUCUGUCAUUUUGCCUCCUCAGCCCCACCCAUUCUUGAAAGAGCCUUAGAGAAUGAAUGACCUGGCACGUCCCAAG